GAGAGGAUGCAAGGCAGCGUGUAUGCGGUUGAUGCCUGACCGAAGCGUCCGCUCUCACCAGGAAUGUAACAAGACAGUCUCUCGUACAGUUUCCGCUAUUUGACAGGAUGCAACCGCAUGAUCUGUACUAAAACGGCCAGAGCAGGCUUAAUUGACAAUGGUUUUUUGAGGUUUGUACAAGUGGGAGCCGGUGGGAAAGGACGCCGCGUGUUAUAUGGGCAUAUAACCAGCAGCGUCUCCCGAGAAACAGCGUUUGUUGUAUUCCAAUUGCAUAUGGUUGAACCGCUCGUGAACCAUCUCCUGACACCAAUACAUUCAGUUCUUGCUGUGGUUUUGCUGGGAGUUUUUCUUUUGCAAGCCUGUAAGAGACACCAACUUGUGUUGCGGGAAUCGCUCCUGAAGUAUAUGGGAGAGAAGAUAUUGGCAUCUAUGCGCGUAAAUAUGGGACUAUAUUGGACAUAUGUUUGAGUUAUUACAUUGACCGUCUGAAGGGAAAUUGUGCACGAAAUAGUAGAGUUUCUUGUCAAAUAAUCCGAAGAAUGUACUGGUAGCCUGGAUAGAUGGUGUUAUUUUGUUGGGUGUCCAGUGACGCAACAUUUCAUACGGCCUGGAUGAGGAACAUAGAAAUCCAUGUGUAGAAGGGCGUGAACUCACAGACUCACAGUUGGUACCCUCCUUCCUUCUCUAGUGUCAAUAGCGUUCCCUUUGCUGCUAGUACUUUCCCAUUCUUCCCCUUCACACUGAUACCAUAUAGCCUCGUCAUGGAUCUCAAAGCGGAGUCAGAAGAGAUGGUGGACUCCUUCAAGCGACCGGUGCCUAUCGAAGUUUUCGCCAGCAGGUCCACACUGCACGGCAUCUCGCACCUGUUCACCUACGAACGGAUGUGCAUCAAGCGGUGCCUGUGGAUCUUGUUCUUCCUGGCUUCUCUGGGGUUCCUGGUGUUGGUGUGUGUAGACCGGGUCCAGUUCUACUUCCAGUACCCUCACGUUACCAAGCUGGACGAGAUAGCGACCCCGCUGAUGAUAUUCCCCGCUGUCACCUUCUGCAACCUGAACUCUUUUCGCUUCGGCAGGGUGACGCGCAACGAUCUGUACCAUGCAGGGGAGCUCCUUUCACUACUCAAUGGAAGGUACGAGAUCAGAGACACUCACCUGGUUGAGGAGAGCGUUCUGGAGACCCUGAAGAUCAAAGCUGACUUCCUCAACUUCAAGCCCCGCCCCUUUAACAUGCGAGAGUUCUACGACCGGACGGGCCAUGACAUCAAGGACAUGCUGCUGUCGUGCUACUACCGCGGGAUGGAGUGCAGCGCUGAGGACUUCACUGUGGUGAGUGAGACAAUGGUGCAUGUGAAGACUAUACAUACCUGUAAACUAGCGUUAUAGGCUCCCAUAGAUACGUUUCUCUGGGAUGCUAAGCUAGUUGCUGUCAUGCUACAACUGCAGGGUG